CCGAGAUUGACCAACUGUCAAGGUCCUGCCGAGAAAUAUCCGCCGCCUUAACAACUUUAGGACCCACCUUGGGAACUCGUAACUUAAUUAAUUGACGUCCUCUUUGAAGCUCUUUGGCCACCCAACUUUAAACAACACAGACCUUGGUGGAAUCCAUUUAAACAUCGCGCACGGAAAUAUCUAAAUUUCGUUGUUCCAAAACCAUGGCGUCGAGGGUUUUACUCGGCCGACUUCAAAGCGCCUCCAUGGCCGCUACAAUGCGCGCUACACGCAGCUUCCACGCGACAGCACGAACGAUGGCCGACGCAACGACUCCCUUACCUGUUCGCAAGCCCGUGGGCGCCUUUCGCGGGGGGCUCUUUGGUUUCCUCCUCGGUUCCACUCUCGCGGGUGCUGGCAUUUACAGCUAUGUCUUACGAGAAUAUAAGGCCUCUAACGAGUUAUUAACGGAGGACAUCUAUGCUCUACAGGCUGCGUGCCAACGACUGAACACGUACGUCCAGCAACUCGAAGAGAAGAUGGACGCCGCGGAAAGGAAAAGGAAGUAAACGGACGGGCAGGCGGGGUCGGAUAUAGGGCACGGACGACCAGAUACGUGAUGGGGGUAAUGUUGUAGGAAUAUGGGCAUCGUACAUACAUUUCUCGACACUGAAAGCAACAUGCAAAGGGUU